AUGAAUGAAAAUCAAAACUACUCAUCAUAUGCUAUUACUGUGAAUUUAGUUCAAUUUAUAUCCGUUGAUGAAAUGAAAGUCUAUAAAAUUUAUUAUAAUUUUAAUGAAGUUGCAUUAAAAACCGAUGAUAUGGAAAAGUUAUAUAAGCAAGUCUAUGAAUAUGUCAACAAGAAUUUCAUUAGAAAUGAUGAGACUAAAAUAUUCCUUGGAUGUGUACGUGAUGAUAGUGGAACUCAUAAAAAGAUGAAUUUUACCAAACUUGAUCUUGCAUAUAGAACAGACCCUAUUCAUGAUAUAUUUAAUGUCCUGAAAAAUAUUUACAUAAACAAUGGUUUGUCUUAUGUUGGAAAAAAGAACAAAAUGAAAAGGACCAUCAGUAAAUCUGACUUAUCAGCAUUUAUAGAAACUAUAGAGCCAAAAAUGCGCAGCGCGCUUCCAAUAGUCGGUUAUUUUGAUCCCAAAACCCUUAGUGCUGAAGAAUGUGCAAAAAGAAUUUGGAUUCCAAAUCAGGAAUACAAACUCGAAGGAUUCAUUGUACCUUUAAAACAUUUAUUCAGCAUUAAUUAUUAUGAGAAAUUGCUUGAUAUAGUUGGGAAAAAGAGCAAAACUAAGAAAGAAACUGAGAUCAACACAAAAGCAAGACGUUUAUUGAAAUUCAUUGUUUUGUUAAAGAAGAUUUUAAAUUUUCAAUAUGAAUUAAUUAGUGAUGAGAAUUUUAAUGAAUAUGAAAAAUUUUUGUCCGAACUAUCGGCUUAUGAUUUCCAAAAUGAAUUAAUCAGAUGUCUAAAGUCACUAAAAGGGACAAUUAAAACUAAUAUCAAGUUUUUCAAAAAGCAUAAAACACCAUUCAAACCAAUCUGGUUCAGUACCCAAAUGAUUGAAGCUGAGAAGGGCUCUUUAAGAUACCAGUCAUGCAAUGCAACGCCAACAAUAGACGAAUGUGUCAAUUGGUUUGAGAGAUCAAUUGAAGGAGGUGUAGAUGAAGUUGGUUACUCAGAAUUCGGGCAAUGCAGACUAAAAUUUGACUCUCUUCCAAAUGAAAUAAGUCGAAUUAUUGAUGCAAAAACUGAUGCAGAAACUGACGCAGAAACUGAUGCAAAAACUGAUGCAGAAACUGAUGCAAAUAAGGAUGCAGAAACUGAUGCAAAAACUGAUGCAGAAUCGGAGGAUUUAUGCGAAAAUCUGGAGAAUUUAAAAGUCGACUAA